GUAAGCGUUGUUCAAAUCGCAGACAUUUGCCUUUUUACGACUGCCUCCUACACAUGUGAAGUUGCACGGGUUGAAAGCGCUGAAGGCUUCCCAGUUGGACCUGGGGCCACGCUUUCAAAAGUGUACUCCGUCUGCCCGUUAUUGCGUAACAAUAAGGAUAAACGAGGUUUAGCAUUGGAUGGGCAGUUGAAACACGAAGACACGAAUCUUGCUUCGAGUACAAUAAUGCAACCGUCAACGACGAAGGAGAGCCUAGGCAUUGUUGUUGCUUAUCGAGUCAAAAUACGAGCUGCGAUUGCUGGACCGCUCGGCGGAGAACUAGUGGCUGAGCUCCCGUUUACCUUGACGCACGCCAAACCAGCUGAAACCCCCGAAAGAAGGGAACGGCCUAUAGCAAGUCGACCCACGCAAGGAGAUACGGGUCCCGAUCCAUUGGACAUUGACUUGAUACAGCUUAAUGAAGAA